AUGAUUGGGUUAAGUUGUACCGAGGUGAUAUGCUCCAUCAUUGUCCUGCGGCUGUACCACACUGGUGGAAGACGACAGAUACCGGUCUGGAUAAGACGAGCGAUGCUGAGCCCGCUCAUCAUACGCCUCUACUCCAACGCAGAGUGUACUGCCAUGCUGCGUGCUGAGGAUAAGGUCAAAGAACUCAGGAUACUCAAUUCAGUGACCAACCAAACUCUACAAAACAACACCAACAUCGCGGCACAGAACCACGAAAACGGGACGCACGACACGAAAGCAGACGAUAUCGUCAAGACUAUUAGUAAACCACAAAGAUCGGACAAUUUGAACAUGCGCAGUGAUCCUGAAGUUAUUAGCAAGACGUGGCAGGAGGUGGCCAUCGUUUGCGACAAUUUAUUGUUUAUUCUCCUACUUCUUGUCACUUUAGUUGCUUGGUUGUAUGUGCUUGUUAGCUUUCUAAUUUAGCCAUGUUAAUUGACUGUCAUGGAAGUCUG